AUGACCUCUGGACACCGUGCAAACCAGAAACCAGGCUGUGCCAUCAUGACAUUCCGACCAACCAUGGAGGAGUUUUCAAAUUUCAACAAGUACAUUGCUUACAUGGAGUCCCAGGGAGCUCACCGAGCAGGACUGGCCAAGGUCAUUCCACCCAGGGGAUGGAGAGCCCGGCAGUCCUAUGACGACAUCGGCCACAUCGUAAUCGCCUCCCCCCUGCAGCAGGUGGUCUCUGGCAGGGCAGGUGUGUUCACUCAACACAGUAAGAAAAAGAGACCCAUGACCGUGGGGCAGUACCGCCACCUGGCCAACAGCAAAAAGCACCGCACCCCUGCACACCUGGACUUUGAAGAUCUGGAGAGAAAGUACUGGAAAAACCGCCUCUAUGUGCCACCCAUAUACGGAGCCGACGUCAGCGGGUCCCUGUUUGACGAGAACACCCAGCACUGGAACGUGGGGCACCUGGGAAGCGCUUUGGACCUGUUGAGGCAGGAGAGCCAGGUGGUGAUCGAGGGCGUGAACACGCCCUACCUGUACUUCGGCAUGUGGAAGGCCACGUUCGCGUGGCACACGGAGGACAUGGACCUGUACAGCAUCAACUACCUGCACUUCGGGGAGCCCAAGACGUGGUACGCGGUGCCCCCCGAGCACGGAUGGCGCCUGGAGCGCCUGGCCAGGGACCUGUUCCCGGGCAGCUCCCGGGGCUGCCAGGCCUUCCUGAGGCACAAGGCGGCCCUCAUCUCGCCCAGCGUGCUCAGGGAGAAUGGCAUCCCGUUCGGCCGCAUGACGCAGGAGGCUGGCGAGUUCAUGGUCACCUUUCCCUCGGGCUACCACGCCGGCUUCAAUCACGGCUUCAACUGCGCAGAGGCCAUCAACUUCGCCACCCCGCGCUGGGUCGACUAUGGCAAAGUGGCGUCUCAGUGCAGCUGUGGGGAGGCCAGGGUCAGCUUCUCCAUGGAUGCCUUCGUGCGCAUCCUGCAGCCCGAGCGCUAUGAGCCGUGGAAGCGCGGCCAGGACCGCGGAGCGGCGGACCGCGAGGAGGAGGCACAGCCCGCCACACGGGAGCUGACCUUCGGGACUGACCCGCUGACUCAGGAGACACCCAAGCUUGGCUGGAAGCACCACUCCCCGGGACCCCUCAGGUGUCUUGACACAGGCCGCAACAGCCACGGUUUCACGCCUGUGAGCUCUGAGUCCAGGCGCCCCUCCUCGUCCAAGCAUGAUGCUGUUCGGCACAGGGCUGCAGUGGCCAGCAGCUUUCAGAAGUCCAUCCAGAUCCCGCUGCUGAGGUCCAGCUUGAUGGACCCAGAUGCCCAUCCCUCGGCUGGGAGAUGUGGUGGUGGUGGUAAUGAACAUCCCCAGCCACAGGUCUGGGAGGCCACUCUGCUCCCAGAGGUAAGUGCAGAAACUCAAGGUCAGGAAGGUCUGCCCCUGCCUGCCAGUGGGACUUGUAUGCAGGAGCCUGGGCCUCCCAGUCCUGAGCUCUAUUUUCCCACCAAAUCUCUGGGAUGUCACUGUGCCCCUGACCUCCAACCCUUGGGUCCCCCACUGGACCCUGACCACCCCAUGCAUCCUGGCCCUUGCUUGCUCUCUUUGGACUGUGCCACUGCAAAUUUCCUGGACUUUGUUCCACCAUGGAUUCUCAAGGACACUGUGCCCAGAAGAUUCUCUAGACAAGCUUCUGGGGCCAGCAAGACCCCUGUGGAUUCAGCUGAGGUCUUGGCAGCUGACCAUUCAUACACCUCUAAGAUUUUGUGGGCCACCAGGAUCCCCAGAAUGUCCCUGCCGCUGACUGUGAUAGAAAUGGAGUAA